AAAUAAACCGGAAGUUGAUGUGUUUAUUUUUUCAUUGCGCAUGCGCAGACGGAAGUUACAAAAAUGGCUAAGCAUGGACCGAAUAUUCUUCUGACAGGAACACCGGGUACUGGAAAAACUACAUUAGGCCAGGAACUAGCUGAAAGAACAGGACUGUCUUAUAUAAAUGUUGGGGAUCUCGCAAAAGAGAAAAAUCUUUAUGAGGGUUAUGAUGAGGAGUAUAACUGCAAUAUUUUGGAUGAAGACCAGGUUGUUGAUGAACUAGAGGACCAUAUGGAAAAUGGUGGACGUAUCAUAGAUUAUCAUGGUUGUGAAUUUUUCCCAGAACGUUGGUUUGACAUUGUCUUUGUGCUCAGAACUGAUAAUACAUUGCUGUAUACACGGUUGCAAGAACGGGGAUAUAGUGGCAAAAAACUUGAGGACAAUGUACAAUGUGAGAUUUUUCAGACAAUUUUGGAGGAAGCCAAAGAUUCAUAUAAACCUGAUAUUGUUCAUGAACUGCAAAGUAACACACCCGAAGAAAUGGAAGACAAUAUAGAAAAAAUAGUGUUAUGGAUUGAAAAGUGGAAACAGGACCAUUUAUCUGCAACGAUGCCCUCAUGAUUUAUUAGUUACACAUACCGUAGCGCAUUUUGUAUUCCAUGUAAUGUAUGAAUAUAUGGCAGAAUAUCAGUGUAUACGUUUUUAUAGAAAAUAAAUAAUGAUAGAUAGAACACGAUCUGUAGUUACAUUUUCAGUCACCAAUGUUAGAUAAUGG